AUGAUUGACUCUUCACAGGACGUUGAGUCAACAGCCCGUGAUUGGGUUUGGGUUCCUGAUAAAAACACAGUCUUUAGGAAGGGUUUCAUAAUUGAGAAUCUUGAAGACAACAAAGUUAAAAUUGAGUUUGAAGAUACAAAGCAAGAUGUUUUUGAUGCUUCAAAGGUUGAAAAGGUGAAUCCAGCUAAGUUUGAUAAAGCUGAUGAUAUGGCAGAAUUGACCUUUUUGAAUGAGCCUUCGGUCUUGAACAAUUUGGAAAGAAGAUACAAUGAUGAUUUGAUUUAUACAUAUUCUGGCCUUUUCUUAGUGGCUGUCAAUCCUUAUUCAAAACUUCCAAUUUAUGAUGAUGAACAAGUCAGAAUGUAUAACAAUAUUCCAAAAGACCAAACAAAACCACAUAUAUUUGCUGAGACAGAAGAAACAUACCAAAAUAUGCUUAAAAACAAAAGAGAUCAAUCUAUUUUAGUUACUGGUGAAUCAGGUGCAGGUAAAACAGAAAAUACUAAAAAGAUUAUUCAAUAUUUAGCUGCAAUUACAACAGACCCUAACCAAGAAACUGCAAGUUUUGAAAAGCAAAUUAUACAAGCAAAUCCAAUAUUAGAAUCUUUCGGUAAUGCACAAACUGUUAGAAACCAUAAUUCUUCAAGAUUUGGUAAAUUCAUAAAGAUUGAAUUUGAUAGCAAAGGUAAGAUUGGUGGAGCUCAUAUUGAUUGGUAUCUUCUAGAAAAAUCAAGAGUUGUAAAACAAUCCAAACAAGAAAGAAAUUAUCACAUCUUUUAUCAAUUGCUAGCUGGUCUAUCAGAAAAAGAAUUGUCCUUACUUGGAUUGAAGAAAUCACCUAUGCAUUAUGAAUACUUGAAAGCUGGAAAUGAUACUAUACCUGGAGUGGAUGAUAAAAAGGAAUUCAAAGAUUUGAAAAAUGCUCUAGAUAUCAUGGGUGUCCCGAAGGCGAAAUAUUAUGAAAUUUUUAAACUUAUAGCUAUUAUUUUGCAUAUUGGUAAUAUUGAAUUUACUUCAAUGAAAGCAGAACAAGCAAAUUUCAAAUCAUCUGUUGAUACUUUAUGUGAAUUACUAGGAGUUUCCAAAACACAAUUCAAUGAUGCAAUCUUAAGACCAAAAGUCAAAGCUGGUAAAGAAUUUGUUAAACAAUCAAGAAAUGCAUCCCAAGCCAAAUUUUCUCUUGAUGCUCUAUCUAAAUCGUUAUAUGAAAAAGUUUUUAAAUUUCUUGUUGAUGCAAUUAAUGAAAACCUUGAUCAUGAUUCUACAUGCCAAAAUUUUAUUGGUGUUUUAGAUAUUGCUGGCUUUGAAAUUUUCAAAGAAAAUUCUUUUGAACAAUUGUGUAUUAAUUAUACCAAUGAAAAACUCCAACAAUUUUUCAAUCAUCACAUGUUUGUUUUGGAGCAAAACGAAUAUAUAAAGGAAAAUAUAGAUUGGGAUUUCAUAGAUUUUGGACAAGACUUGCAACAAACAAUUGAUUUGAUUGAAAAGCAAAAACCAGUUGGUAUCUUUUCAGUACUGGAUGAAGAGUGUAUUGUUCCAAGAUCAACUGAUAAAUCAUUCUUUGAAAAGUUAAACUCUUUCUGCAAUGGUAAAUCUGAAAAAUACAAACCAUCUAGAUUUGCAAGCAAAUUCUCAUUAAAACAUUAUGCUGGUGAUGUUGAAUAUUCAGUUGAAGGAUGGAUCGAAAAGAAUCGUGAUCCUUUAAAUGACAACAUUGUUGAUGUCUUAGCAAACUCAGAAAACUCGUUUAUUGCUGGUUUAUACGAGAAUGACCAGGUUCAAAAAUCAUCAUCUUUUAGAACAGUUGCACAAAAGCAUAAGGAACAACUUGGUGGUCUUUUAACUCAACUUUCAGAUACACAUCCUCAUUUCGUUAGAUGUAUUUUACCUAAUAAUAAGAAAAAGCCACAAACAUUUGAUAAGAGUCUAGUGCUGGAACAAUUAAAAUGUAAUGGUGUUCUGGAAGGUAUAAGAAUUGUUAGAUCAGGUUUCCCUAACCGUGUUGCGUUUGAUAGCUUCUUCUCAAGAUAUAAGAUUUUGGCUGAUCAUGCUGUAUUUUCAGAAACAUUAAAGACCAAUUGUACUACAGUCUUAUCUUCAAUAAAAUUAGAUUCAGAAUUAUAUAAAGUUGGUUCAACUAAAGUUUUUUUCAAAGCUGGUGUUCUUGCAGACCUUGAAGUUCAAAGAGACAAUAAAAUUAGAUCUAUUGUUACUGAGCUGAAAGCUAUUGCUCGAGGUAAACUAAGAAGAAAGUCAAUCAAUACCCAACUACAAAAGAUUCAAGCAUCUCAAGUAUUGAUGAAGGCUUUCAAUGCUUAUAAUAAACUAGAUAAAAAUGCUUGGUUCAAAUUAUAUGCUGAUGUGAAGCCAUUCAUUUCCACUACAGGUCAAGCUGUCAAGACAAAGCAAAUACAAGAUCAUAUUAAGAACUUGGAAAGUAAACUUGAGUCGCUCGAGAAGGAAAAGAGUGAAAUAAACACUAAAAGUCUGACGACUGAAGAAGAACUCACUAAACUGGAAUGUAUAGUUGAAACUGAACGUGCCAUCUUAAAAGAAAAAGAAUCAAUACUAGAGGAAACCAAGCAAAGAGAAAAAGAACUUGAGGGUAAGCUUGAGUCCACCAUGACCAACAUGAAAGACUUAGAAGAUCAACGUGAUGCAUUCAAGAAGUCUAAACAAGACCUAGAUGAAAAAUUAAAGUCAUUUGAAGAAAACAUCAAGAAUGGUAAACAACUAGUCAAGACAUUAGAAAAGGAGAAAGAAAUGCUCAAUUCAAAGAUUGAUAAACUUGAGAAUUCUUUGAAGGAAGCUCAAAAUUCCCAAAAGUCAUACGCAGAAAGUACCGAAAAAAUUGGUGAAGAACUUAAAAUGUUGAAAGCAUUACUCAAGUCCAAAGAGAAGCUGAUUUCCGAAUUAGAGGCAAAAAUUGAGAACUCAGAUUAUGAACUUCAAGGGAAAGUUAGUGAAAUUACAUCAAGCUACAAUAAUGCAAACAAGAGAAUCAAAGAGUUAGUUGAAGAAAACAAAAAUUUACACUCUAAAUUAAAAACUUUGCAAGAUUCAUCUUCCCAAUAUGAAAUAGUUAUGAAUAAGAAAGAAUCAGAUCUAGAACAUAUAAAGGCUCAACUAAAACAACAAGCUGAAACUAUAAAGUCCAUUGAGGCUGAAAGAGAUAUGUUAAAGAGAGAACAAGGUGAUGUUGCUUCAGAGCUUGCUAAAGUGAAGAGUGAAAUGGUUGAUUUGAGAUCCAAACAUAAACAGCUAGAGCAUGAGGCAAAUGAAGCUCGUGAGUUAUUACAAAGAAAAAUCAGUGAUGAAGUCACAUUCAAUAGAGGGAAACAAAAGUAUGAUUCUGAUAUCUCUGAGUUGAAACUACACGUGUCCAAGUUAAAUGAACAAUUAUCUGAAGAGCGUUCAAAAUCUUACAAACUGUCAUCUGAAGUAAGAUCUUUAAAGAUUGAAAAUGAUGACUUGCAAAAAGAUAGAAAAGCCACUGACGUUCGUGUUGCUCAAGGUGCUCUACAAGCUUUUAGAAGCAAAUCAUUGAACUCACAUGUUGAUAAUAAUGUUGAUAGGUUACAUGAUGAAAAAGAAAAAUUAACAAGAGAAUAUGCUAACUUGAAGCUACAACUGAAUGAGCAAAGUGCAAUGCUGAAGAAGGAAACUAUAGAGAAGACCAAGAUGAAAGCCGACCUAAAAAUGCUCCAUUCAAGAUUGGCAUCUGAAGCUUUCGAUAAACAACAACUUAAAAUUCAGCUAAACAAAAUCAAAGAAGGUCUUGGUCUAUCACCACUAUCAUUUGAUGAAGGUUAUGAUCGUUUAUCUCGUGAAAAUGAAAAUCUGUCUAGACAAAUCAGCAACUUGAGAACAGAUUUGGAUCUAGAAAGAAAGGCAUCAGAAAGGGCAAACAAGAACCCGAGAAGAGCAUUAGCUGAUAGAAACUCCAUGGAUUCUCCAUUUACGUUGAAACAUGAAUUUAAUUCUUACAAAGCCAAGUAUGAAGCAAGUGAAGCAAGAAUCAGAUUGUUGGAAAGAAAAUUAGCUGAAGAUUCUGAUUCCUUUAGAGGAGGUUCAGUUCUGAAUAAUAGAGGUUUGAAGGAAGCAAAGUCUGAUGACCAAUUAUCCCAAGCAUAUCAAGACACAUGUAAAAGUUUGAGUUUAACAAAGGAAGAACUGGCUAAAUCCAAAUACCAAAUUUCCCAACUCCAGAAAGAUCUCUCAGAAGCCACUGUGGUUAUUGAAAAGUACAAAGCCAGUGAAAUUGAGUCUUUAUCCAACCAACUAGCUAGAGAGGAGCUCACAAAAGUUCAAUUACAACUAGAGGCACUGCUAAAGAAAAAUUCAGACUUAUCGAAUAAUGUUAAAUUAUACAAGGUUAGAGCCGAAGACUAUUAUGCUAAAUUAGAAAGUGCAGAAGCUGCUGUUAGAACCGCUAAACACAGCGAGAAGUUUACCAAAGAACAACUCCAAGAGGCCAUUGAUUCUGUUGAGAAGCUAAAGAACGAGAACAGAAAGAGUGAAGUUGCAAUUGUGAAACUUAAUCAAAACAUUAGCCAAUUGAGAGAAGCAAUUGAAGAAAGACAAUCCGAGUUUUCCAAACUACAAUCAUCUAAUAUAAUGUUGCAGGAAGAGGUUGGUCAUUAUCAUGAGCGUUUAAUGAAGAGCUCUAGAACAGAUAAAUAUGAUGCAGAAAUUCAAAAAUUGAAUGACGAGCUUGUACGCUCUAUGAGAAAUGAAACUGAACUCCGUAAAGACAUUGGAUCACUUGAACUUGAACUUGAAAAUCUUCAAUCACAAAAAGCUCAAGAGGUUAGAGAGCUCACUAAGGAAAAAUCAUAUUAUUUACGUUUGGUGAAAGAUUUGGAAGAUAAGAAUGAAGAAUCGAGUGUUGCUCAAAAAGAUCUUGAAGUAAAAUUACGCUCUUUGAUGAAUCAAAUAAGCACAAUGAAUGAUUCCGUGGACAAAUUGAUUAGAGAAAGAGAUAAUCUUGAAUCAGAUAAAAAGAGUUUGGAAUUACAAAUAAGGGAUUUGUCUGGUGAAUAUAAAAACUUUUCCAAUGAAAGAGAGUUAGCUCAGGAAAAAUACUAUGGUUUAGAACAAAGCAUUGAAAAAUAUUUGAGUGAGAUUGAUGAUUUAAAGAAAGAAAAGAAGAAAUCUAAUUCCUUACAAGAAGACUUAAGGGCAUAUAUAGAAGAGGAAAAACAAAGAAAUGUUAUAAUUUCUGAAGAAAAUAAUGCUCUUGGAAAAUACAAUAAUCAACUAAAGGAUAAAAUUUUAGAAUUAGAAACCAAAUUCAAUGAGAUUGAUGAUUCAAUAUGGCUAGAAAGAAUUGAAAAAUUAGAACAGAGAUUACAAAUUGAAAGUAAUGAAAAGCAUGAAUCAAUAAAAUCCAAUAGAAACAUGGAAAGAACAGUUGAUGAACUAAAAGAUCAAGUUGAUAGACAAGCCAAACAAAUGGCUUCAUUUGAAGAUGCUAAAGAGAAAUAUGAGAUGAAGAUUUCUGAUUUAUUGAAUACCAUCAACAAAUGGCAAAUAGAAGACUCGUCAACUAAGUUAAGCUUGAAGAGAUCUGAAAGAGAAAUCAAACAUCUACAAGAAAGCAAUCUUGAAUUAGAAAGAGAAAUAGAGGAGUGGAAGGACAGAUUUGAUAAGGUUACCACAAAGAGAAAGAGUUUAGUUAGUAGUGACGUUUUUAUUUAA